GGGCGUUGUCUUGUUUUCUUGGCGACGAAGGAAAUCCUCCAUAAAGGCGAGAGGGAACGCCGGGGGGGCCUACGGGGACUAAAAACUCGGUCGCCUUACGUUGCAGCGGCUCACGGACACGCACUUCACCCUGUUUAGAUUCCUCCUCCUCGAUCUCUCCGUAUGCUUCGCCCCUCUCUCUCCUCCUCCUCCUCCUCCUCCUCCGCCUCCUCCUUGUAGGCUCUAGGGUUAGGGUUAGAGCUCCUUCAUCGCGGUCCGAUCCCGCGGCUUACGGAUACGCUGGCUCACUCGAUCCUUCCGUUUUCUCUCCUUGAUUCGCCACCGAUGGAGCGUCCUCUGAACGAGUGGGAUUUGGUGAUCAAGGUAAAAUAUGGUGAUGCUCUUAAGCGAUUUGGUGCUUGUGUCCAAGGGCGUAGCAUGGAUUAUGACAUGAGCAAACUCAGAAGAAAGAUUAUUAGUUCUUUCAAUCUCAGUCCAGAUGCUGAACUAAUACUUACCUACACUGAUGAAGAUGGUGACAUCAUAACAUUGGGUGAUGAUGACGACUUGCAUGAUGCUGCUGUUGGUCAGCGUUUGAACCCUCUCAGGAUCAAUGUUCAGUUGAAGUCUAGUACUGGUAGACAUUCUGAUUCAGAAUUUCACACAGAAAACCAUACUCCCAAAACAUCACCAGAAAUCAAAAAUCAGCCACCCCAGAUUAGUUUUGCUGUUGAUGAAGCAUUGAAAUCUCUACCUGAGCCAUUUUGCAGUGCACUUUCAAAACUCUCUCAGGAUAUCUUCUUAAAAACUAUGACAUCUGCACCAGCAUUUGCUGUGUUCAUGGACCAUUUCUCCAAAUUGGGAUUGUCCAUUGCUAAUCAGCCUUCUAGCAGUCCUAUUGGUGAGUCGUCAGGCACCUCAAAUGGUGCAUCAGCUCAAAAAAUGGAUGUUAAUAUUAGUGAUGGGCCAAAAGUUACAAAUGAUUCUGCUUCAGCAUUGACUGCAAUACCAAGUACUGAUACUGCUAAUCCAGUUUCAGAAGUCAUGCAAAAGCAUUGUGAAAGUGAUAACUCUGGUGGAAUGGUCAAAGUUCCUGUUGAUCUCAAUAUGGAUAUUCCCAAAACGGCACACGCAUCAGGUUAUCCCUCAAUUGAUGAUUUGCUGACCCCUGUCUGGACUAGGACUCAGGCCCCCAUCUGGGUAACUGACAAUAAUAUGCAUGAGAAAGAAACUAGUGAUGCUCAUCACAAAGGAAAAUCUGUCAUAUCUUCAGCCCCUUCCUCUCUGCCUCCUUUUGAACCCACUGGAGAUCAGAGUUCACAGAGUUACAAGAUGCUGGAUCCAUUUCUUGCACCAACUUCUUGGAUUACAGACAUCACGUAUGGUGAUAACAAUAAACAGUUCCCUAUUGGCCGAGGCCCUUCAGCAUCAAAUCAUGAAAUCAGUUCUCCAAUUGAUGUUCCUAUCAACAAGCAUAUUGGUGUACCUAUACCUGAUGUUCCCCUGCCAAGUGGGUUCUUCCCUAUUGGCCAUCCAUACAGGAGAGGCGAUGGAAACCAUGAGAGCAUGCUUCGAACUUUCCACAGGGGUGUCCGAUGCGAUGGCUGUGGAAUGCAUCCCAUCAUGGGCCCACGGUUCAAAUCCAAUGUGAAAGUGGACUAUGAUUUAUGCGGUAUUUGUUUCUCAGAGAUGGGUAAUGAAGCUGACUAUACCAGAAUAGACAGAGCUUCUUCCUCCCACAGACUGUACAAGGACCUCUACAAUACUCAUUCUAGAUAUCGAUUUCCUAUAUCACGUGCUGUUCAUGGUUGUGGGAUGAGGCCAUCAAGGACAAAACUGGAAAGUCGCUUUAUUCAAGAUGUAACCGUCCUGGAUGGGACUCUGAUGACUUCUUCUACACCCUUUACCAAGAUUUGGCGGAUGCGUAAUAAUGGUAACACCCGAUGGCCCUAUGGUACGCAAAUUGUGUGGGUUGGUGGAGAUCCAUUUGCAAAUCGUCGCUCAGUUCCAUUGGAGAUUCCAACGAAUGGCUUCCCUGUGGACACAGAGAUUGACGUUGCAGUUGAUUUCACAGCACCAUCAAGGCCUGGUCGGUAUGUUUCAUAUUGGAGAUUGGCAUCACCUUCCGGACAGAAGUUUGGGCAAAGAGUUUGGGUUCUAAUCCAGGUGGUUACCUCUCGACCUAAUUCCUGUAGUAACAACUUCCCCACUGAUCUCAACUUGAACCUGCCUCCAGAAAGUACCAUCCGGAAUGAGUUUGGAAUCAUAGAUGUGAAUGCCAUGCCCUUGGAUGCUGUUUGUUCUGAACCCAAUCUGCCCACCACUAUGAGCGAGCUGGUUAAACCAUUGGUUACUGAAGUACCAAGUAACAGUGUAGAGCCUGCUCCGACUGAUGGGAUUGCACAGCCUGUGCCCGAUGUUGGUUCCUCAGUUUCAUAUCCUAUAAUUGAUUUUCCAGCAUCUUCCUCUCAUGCAUCUCCUGUUGCUGUGCUGCCACCUUCUGAAACGGUCUGUGAUGACAACCCGAUAGAGCAGACCCUACUGAAGGAGCUGGAAGAGAUGGGCUUUGAGCAGAUUGACUUGAACAAAGAGGUUCUAAGGCUGAAUGAAUACGACUUGGAGCAAUCUGUUGAUGAUCUCUGUGGCUUUGCUGAAUGGGAUCCUCUUCUUUCUGAGCUGCAGGAAAUGGGUUUUACCGACAAAGAGAGGAACAAGAAGCUGCUGGUAAAAAAUGGUGGAAGCAUCAAGCGAGUUGUGUUAGAUCUCAUUGCUGGAGAGAAGGGUGAGUAGCAUGCAUGGAUAAAAAAUUUGUAUAUAUUUAGGCAUAUACCGGAAUGAGGGACAUGGUUAUGUUAUCUACUGUCGUCUUACAUGGGCUACUGAAUUGGAGACCUGAUGUGUGGGAAUUAAUAUCUACUAUCUAAAAUGUCAUCAGCUCAUUAUUCUAUGUGCUGAUCAUCAACUUCCCUGA